GCUCCCAUACUUACAUCUCAUAUUAUCAUCUCAUAGUGCUGUGAUAGUACUAAUUAUAAAUUAGAGCUAGGGCAGUUAAGAAUCGUAUUUAAUUUUUUUAAUCAAAUUAGAUUACUCAAUAGAUACAUAAUAGUAAUUAUGUCUGAUAAAGAAGAUAUAGACAUAAAUAAGAAGUUCGAAGAUUUACUAUUUGUGGAAGAAAAUGCCCAAUCCGUAGGUUACGAAGAAGGUUUUGAGGUUGGCAAAAAGCAAUUGGUAAAUGGGUUUCAUUUUGGAUAUCACAAGGGUAGUUUGUUAGGUGCACAAUUAGGAUAUUACAGUGGUAUUUUGGAACAAUAUUUGACUACCAAUAGAUGUAAUUCAGGGAAAGCUGUUUCCAUUGCAAAAACACUUUUGCAGGAUAUUUAUAAUUUUCCUAAAUUUAAUGAUGAGACGGUGGAUAUAUUGAAAAUUGUAGAUAAUAUUAAAUUUAAAUAUGCCAAGUUUUGUGCAUUGGCAAAAAUAUCUUCGUCGUACCCAGAAGUGGAUAAACUCAAUUUUUAAUUGUAUGAGAAUAUUAUAUUUAAAUAGAUAAGGAGUGGAACAAUAUUGUAGAAUUGUAUCUGGAUUUCAUAAUAUUUUUCAUUUUUAAAAAUUAUAAUAAACAUUGUUAUUUGCACAAAUAUUAAAGUCAUGUAUGAUA